GAUCCAUGCUCGUGUGAUACCUACUCCGAUUCAUGUUUCAACACCUACUGUACAUUUAAUUGUGUGUUCAUUUUUUAUCAAUUAUAUUUUUUUAUUUAAUUUAUUUGCGGAAUUGUACCGUAAAUAAAUAACUGCUGUCUCGCAUUGCCUUGAUAUCGCUACACACCGCUAAACUUGGUCGAGAUGGAGGACAACUCCACAAACUCGGACAUGGCCAACAUUACGGAAAUGUACCAUUAUGAGGAUCUAUUUAACAAAAUCGGAAACAUGUCGUAUUAUGACUUAUAUUUGAAGAAACAUGUUGCAUUAUGGGAGAUUAUUGUGAAAACGGUUUUUGUAUUGAGUAUAAUUGUGGUUUCUUUGAUUGGGAACAUUUUGAUCAUUGUGAUUGUGUUUCGGAACAGACAGAUGCAUACGGCGACGAAUUAUUACAUUGUAAACCUGGCCGUGGCUGACCUCAUGGUCACGCUAUCGUGCACGUGGGUCGCUCUGGUGGAGGACCUUACUAACGACUGGGUCCUGGGAGCUUUCUUCUGCAAGUUCAACACUUUCAUGCAAGUUCUUUCACUGGUGGCUAGUGUUCUGUCCCUCACACUCAUUGCCUACGACAGAUUUUUCGGGAUUGUGUUUGCUUUGCGUGCCCACAUGACGGAGAAGCGGGCUCGGACAUCUCUAAUAGUCAUCUGGAUGUGUGCUCUGGUCGUCACUGUUCCCAUCCUCCUCUAUCGGAAGUUAAACGUCCGCCAUUGGUCAGAUCACUUAGAGCAGUGGUGUGAUGACGAUUUUCCAACAUCGACGUCAACAAUCAACAAUGUGACAAUCACAAAGCAGACGUCGAGGGCUGCGUACUACGUCAUCGUUUCUGUGGUCCUCUACUUUGUUCCUAUGAUCGUCAUGACAUUUGCGUAUUCCAUUAUAAUAAUGAAAUUAUGGAUAAGUACAAUACCUGGAGAAAUCGUCGAUAAACGUGUAGAAACACAGGCUAGAACUAAACGUAAGGUGAUUAUGAUGCUGGUUGUGAUACUGGUUGUAUUCGCGGUCUGCUGGCUUCCUUGUCAAAUCAUUCUACUUUACAGCGAGCUCCGAUCUGACAAAGAAGAGAGGCUUGGAGACUGGUUCAGAGAUCUACAGUUCUCCGGGUAUUGUAUGGCAUACUCUAAUAGUGCUCUCAAUCCACUCAUCUACGCAGGAUUCAAUGCUAAUUUUAAACGUGGUCUGGCCGAUGUAUGGCGGUGUGUAUCGUGCAAGGAGAACCAUUCCAGUCACAAGACAUACGGGACUUAUGAACUGUCGGCAACCACCGCCACUCAUGUGUGACGUCAUCUACACCGCCACUUAUGUGUGACGUCAUCUACGCCGCCACUUAUGUGUGACGUCAUCAACACUGUCACUCAUGUGUGACGUCAUCUACAGCGCCACUUAUGUGUGACGUCAUCUACACCGCCACUUAUGUGUGACGUCAUCUACAGCGCCACUUAUGUGUGACGUCGUCUACAGCGCCACUCGUGUGUGACGUCAUCUAUACCACCACUCACGUGUGACGUCAUAUACACCGCCACUUAUGUGUGACGUCAUCUACACUGCCACUCAUGUGUGACGUCAUCUACAGCGCCACUCAUGUGAUGUUGGCAGAUCACAUUGUUGAUCAAACGGGUAAUUGCUGACUUCACAAAACAGAGUAAUUUGCUCAGUUUAGCUUUAUUUUAUUGACAUAAUGUUGUAACGGUGAUACUUAUAUCUAAAUAAAGGUUUAACAAGUGUACACGGUACAUA